CCUUUAUUCCGACUUUGCUAUAAAAUAGGCUUCCAGUUUCAACUUCUCACGUUUAAUUUCAACAGGAAUAGUUAAGAUUAGGAAUAUAUUUUGGUGGUGGGAAAUUGUGAUCACAGAGAAAGAUGGAAAGCAGAGUGGUAUUUGAGAGUGAUCUGAACCUCAAGGCAACAGAACUUAGAUUAGGGUUGCCAGGGACAGAGGAAAAGGAAGACAAGAACCUGUGUACACAUGCUGUUAUUAGAAACAACAAAAGACAAGUGCGUGAAUCUUCUCAAGACUCCGUUUCCAUUUCCAAGGCUUCACAUCACCAACAACACGUAGAGACUGUUUCAGCCCCUCCAUCCAAGGCAAAGAUAGUGGGGUGGCCACCAAUCAGAUCCUACAGGAAGAACAGUGUGCAGGAGGGUGAGGGGGAUGGGAUCUUUGUGAAAGUGAGCAUGGAUGGAGCACCUUACCUCAGAAAAAUUGACUUGAAAGUCUACAGAGGCUAUCCAGAACUACUCAAAGCUUUAGAAACCAUGUUCAAGUUGGCCAUAGGUGAGUACUCUGAAAGAGAGGGUUAUAAGGGGUCUGAAUAUGCUCCUACAUAUGAAGACAAGGACGGUGACUGGAUGCUAGUUGGAGAUGUUCCAUGGCACAUGUUUGUGACUUCUUGCAAAAGACUAAGAAUCAUGAAAGGCUCGGAAGCAAGAGGUUGGGUUGUCUUGUAUGAGAAAGAAACAGCUAAAUUAAUAUGGCCAUGAUGAAGAAAAUCAUUCUUUCAGCUUGGUUUUUGGAACUAAGAGAUGUUGAAUCAAUGCAUUGCUAUCACCAUGCAUGCCAAUCUGAGUUGGAAUUUAAAGUAGGGAGAUGGAAGACUCUGUCUGUCUACAAGUUUUGUUGAUAUAUAUUUCUGGUUAUUUUAGAACGACCUGUGAUGAGGUGCAACAUGCUGUUGCUUCCAUUGAACCCUUUCAAUUAGCAAAACCUCAUACAAAUUUGCCUUAGCCAAGUUGGUUGGUGAACAAGAGAGAUAAAAGGGAUCGAUCUGUUCAUCAAAGUACUUCUUUUUGUCUUUUUUAUCACACACACAAACACAGGGUAAUACAUCAAAUAUUCAUGCAAUACUUUGCUAUUCAAUGGACAUAAUUAACUAAGCAUGUGCUUGUUUAAAUAUGGUGGAUGAUCAAAAAGUUGUUAAUGUGGUUUUAGCUAGGUUAAUAUUAUGUUUAAUUGGCUUUUGAGAAGAUUAUUUGUAGUUCAUUUUAUGUCU